UUAAGCAGAAGGAGACAAGUAUAUCAGUCUGCCACAUAUAGAUUUAGCAGACGAGACUGCAAGUUGGAACGGCUGCAGGUGUAAUUGACAGUCGACGAUGACGUUCAAAAAAGGCCUCCCUCAUUUUGCAGCGGGUACGGUAGUGAAAGGGUUUGGAAGAGGUUCCAAAGAACUUGGCAUUCCUACAGCUAAUUUUGAACCACAUGUUGUGAAGGAACUGCCAGUUGAACUGGAAACUGGCGUUUACUUUGGCUGGGCUCAAAUUGACAACGGAGCUAUUCAUAAAAUGGUUAUGAGUGUUGGGUGGAAUCCAUACUACAAGAAUGUUGAGAAAUCCAUGGAAACCCAUAUUUUACAUAAAUUUCCAUCAGAUUUUUAUGGACGUUACCUGAAAGUCUGUAUGUUGGGUUACCUUCGUCCAGAAAAAGAUUACUCUUCCUUAGAUGCAUUGGUUGCAGACAUAAGAAAUGACAUUUCUGAAGCAGAAAAACAAUUAGAACAAUCUGCCUACAUCACCUUGAAGUCCCAUGAGUUCUUUACAUCAGACAGUAAAAAGGUUGAUAAUAAUCAGUAGCAGGCUACACAUUAAGAGAGAUUGUUGGGAACAAACUUUUGUUUAUCAUUAACAUCGCUGUUUUAUAAAGUUUUAUAGUUGAUACAACACUUGAAAGUCUGUGAUCUAAAAUAUUUGUGAUUGACAACAUUGAAAAUUACAAAGUGUAGUUUUUUUGUUUUUUUUCUCUCUUGUUAUUCUACUUGUUUGUUGCAAUCAAACACAAAGUAAAAACUGUCUUAUUGUGUCUAGUUAAUACUUUUCUCUGUUAAAUAUCUUCGUGUGGUAUUGGUGUUGAUAAUUGAGUACAUAUAUUGUCACACUUAUUCUGAAUACAUUAGUAAGUAAAUGGCACACUACUUUUAUAACAGAUUUGCCUACCACUAAUAUGGCAUUCAAAGCUCUUGACAAAAUUGCUUAAUUGUACACAGCUGACCAACAGCUGUUAAUGUACUCAGCAGUAUUUAAAAAAAUGACAAAGCAUGAAAUGAAAACUGAAAUGCUGUACUUAAACUUAAAACCUUAUUUAUUGGUUUCUAAAUCGUGUAAUAAAAUUUGGCUCUGCUUUACAA